UCCACAAAGCCGCUAAAUAAUUUAUAUUAUACUGUUCAGAUAGAGUUUUUUCUGGACGUUACUCAGUUGUCUAUUGUAGGUAAAACUUAACGGUGUUAUUUAGAAUCAGAAACAUUCAUUCGUUCAUUAUUACAAGAUGAAAAAUAUCACCAUUUUGUUUAUAGCUGCCAUCAUCAUGGAAAUAUCGCUGGUCACACAAGGUCAUCCAAGUCCAGUUGGAGGAGGACCACCGGGCGGUUCAUAUCCACCACCAACACAAGGGUCAUAUCGAACACUCGACCUCAGUAGUAUGGCACAACAACCACCACUAGGCGGUCUAUCCAAUAUGGUACCAAAUCGUCCACCUGGUGGUGGUGCAUCAAGUUCGAUGGGAUAUCCACAACAAGUCCCACUUGGUGGACCAAUGUAUCUUCCCCAAGGUCAAUAUCCACCACCAGGUGGUGCAUCAAGUUCGAUGGGAUAUCCACAACAAGUCCCAUCUGGUGUACCAAUGUAUCAACAAGGUCCAUAUCCUCCACAAGUCGUACCUGGUGUACCAGUGAUGUAUCCCCCCCAAGGUAGUCUAUCCAAUUUGGUACCAGCUCAACAAUCGGGUCCUCUGGAACAGUUGGCCUACAAAGCGGGACAAAUUAUUGGAGGAACUCUGUGUAGCUCGUUUAUGGCAAUCAAGAAAUUAACCGACCAAGUUUCUCAAGCAUAUGCACCACCACCAGGUGGUGCAUCAAGUUCGGCGGCAAAUCAACCACAAGUCCCAACUGGUGGACCAAUGUAUCCUCCCCAAGGUCCAUAUCCACCACAAGUCGCAUUCGGUGUACCAAUUCAUCCCCCCCAAGGUCUAUAUCCUUCACAAGGUCCAUAUCCUCCACAAGGUAAGUAUCAUCUAGUCAAUAUCCACCACCAGUGGAGGAAACUAUGGACGGUCAUGGCAGAUAUGGGAGUCCCUGAUCAUAUCAUCCACUUAAUCAGAAACCUAUACGCUGGGUCAAGGGCAGUAGAAAGAGCAGAGGAUGCAUAUUCAGAUCAGUUUCAACCUACCAAAGGUGUUCGACAAGGCUGCAUUCUAUCACCUAUCCUCUUUAACAUCUACAGUGAAGCAGUGUUAAGAGAGGCACUCCAGGAAUGGAACGGUGGAGUGUUUAUUGAAGGUAGGAAGAUCAAUAAUUUGUGGUUCGCGGAUGACACCACGUUAUGUACCAAACUUGAGCCGGAGAUGAGCCAAUUACUAAAACUUGUUGAAGAAGCAAGCAACAAGUAUGGACUGACAAUUAACAGGAGCAAGACCAAGAAAGUGGAUGAGUUUACAUAUUUAGGUUCAAUAGUACAAGCAGAUGGCGGAUCAUCCAGAGAAACUAGGCGUCGUGUUAUUCUUGGGAGGGAAGCAGUCAGCAGGCUAAUACCAAUUUUGAAGGACUGCCAUAUCUCCAGGAACACCAAGUUGCGGCCGCUUAAGGCGCUUACCUUCUCAGUGAUGCUUUAUAAAUCUGAAACAUGGACACUCAAAGUGGAAGACGUAAAACGCAUAAACGCCUUUGAGAUGUGGGCCUACAGACAGAUGCUGAGAAUCUCUUGGAUGGAAAGGAGGACCAACUUCUAA